CCCGAUGAAGCCGCUACCUGUCUCCAUAGCGACGAGACCCCGGAAAUACACACCGUUAUCAGCUUAUGCUUGUUUAUCGGACAGAAACAAAUUUAUAUCCGUGGUGUUUUCUUUCUUUUUUGUUUCCUCGAGUGAGCGUGUAAAUAUGUCGGAGCCUGAGGUUGAAGCGCAACGGGAGCCGAGAGACAGCAGCAAGAAGAAGAAAAAGAAAAAGAAAGAGAAGCGAAAGAUAAGUGAGGAGGAGGAGGAAGAGCGGGAACAAGAGGAGCAGGUGGAGAAAGAAGAAGAGAAGAGUGAGAGUGUGUUGAUGCGAGGGAUCUUCAAAGUGGGGAAAAAGAGCCAUGAUGUCCUGCUCACACCAACCAGGCUGACAUGGACGCCCAUCAUACCAGAGAGUCCCACAGGGGAAGAGAGUGUGGUGCAGGCAGGUGUGGUGCUGCUGCAGGACGUUUUCGCCGUGAAGGUGAAGAGGAGGCGAAUGGCGGGCCAGCAGUCGGGGGGAGCCGUGCUCGGCCUCGCUCUCUUCCACAGCAGGAGGAGAGGACAGAGGCUGGAGGAGGACACACUGCACCUCCACAAUGCCUCCGCAGAACACACACACUCCUGGUAUAACACUCUGAAAGAACUGCUCACAGGGUUCAGCUGCCGGCCCAGGUAUGUGAAGGUGUUUAUCAACCCAAGCAGCCACAAGAAGGAGGCCGUUCACAUCUACAGAGACCAUGUGGCUCCUCUUUUUAAGAUGGCGGACAUCCGCACUGACAUCACAGCUACUCCUCUUCUCUUCCUUUCCCUUCUCUCAGCAGAUGGCACGAUAUCCGUUGUCCCCCUUUUUCGCUUGGCAGCUAUCAAGCACACACAGCCAUUAACUGAUAGGAAAGGUCAUGCUCUCUCAGUGAUGAAGGAAUGCAAACUGGAUGAAUACGAUGGGGUGGUGUGUGUCGGUGGGGACGGAUCAGUGGCGGAGCUGUGCCACGCUUUGGUUCUCCGAGCUCAGCUAGAUGCAAAUUCUCCAGAAAACCCAGUGAGAGCAGCUCUGCCGCUGGGAAUCAUUCCUGCCGGUUCCACAGAUGUGGUUUCCUGUUCAGUCCAUGGAGUCAGAGAUCCAGUCACAGCAACUCUCCACAUUGUUUUAGGUCACCUGCAGCAGGUGGACAUGUGCAGCUUCUUGUCCAACGGUCAGCUGGUGCGUUUCGGAUUCUCUGCCAUGUUUGGUUUUGGUGGCCGGAGCUUAGCAAGGGCAGAAAAGAAGAGGUGGAUGUCAUCGUCACGGCGACGAGAAUAUGCUGUGGUGAAGACCUUGGUCAGGCUUAGGCCAGAGGACUGCCAGCUGUCAUUUUUACCUGCAAAAAGCUCAGGAAGCAGCUUGUUUGGACAACAAGACCAGGACGAAGAUAAAGAACUGGACACAAAGUCAGCAGAGGAGUCUUGGGUGACCAAUCAGGGUUUGUACCUCAGCAUCAGCAUCAUGUCUAUCCCCUGUCUGAGCCCACAUGCGCCUCAGGGAUUGGCUCCAAACACCAGUUUAGACAAUGGCAGCGCCUCACUGAUCGCAGUAGGUAAUGCUUCCAGGUCAGAGUUCAUCAAGCACCUCAAGAGGUACAGCAGCUCUAGUGGACAGUUUAGCUUCCCCUUCGUGGAGACACACUCCGUGUCAGCGGUGAAGAUUCGACCCCGAUCACGGAUUGGCUGGUCUGAGGAGGAGAGCGAAGACGAGGGAGACUCCAAAAAUACACCCAUCAUCCAAUCAGAGGCAGCCGCUCUGCCCUGGAACAUCGAUGGAGAGCUGGUGGAGAUCGCCAAUGAAGUGCUCAUCAGGUGGGACUGGCUGUGUUUCAGGACUAAAACCCAAAUCACUACUGAUUCCACGCAUUUAUUUGAGAAACACUGUUAUGUCAAAUAAGGUCAGUUCACCCAAAACACCGUCUUUUUCUUCGUGGAAGUAUAGAAAGGUUCUUUAAAUGCAUCUGCUUCAGCGUAUAAUGUUCACUCCCACCUUACAACAAUCAACCAUGACUAAAGCUGGCCAGUUUUAAGUAAUCCUGAAAGUAAAGCAGCUAACUGUUGGCACCCUUGAUAAAGAUUUGAAAAAAGACACAAAAAAACAUGUUUGUUUUUUUAUUGCGGAAUCAAUUUGGGCAACAUUUAUACAUGUUGCCCAAAUACUGUUUAUUUCCUCACUUUUUAUAUAAUUUCUCUAAAUCUGCUAGAUGAAGUCAGUUUGUAUUAAGUCUCCCUUCCAACAUCUAUAAAGAGGUUCCACAAGGUGCUGAGUUGGGUUCUUUGGUAACCAUGCACAUGUGUGUUUGUGCUGAGAAGACACAGUCAGACAUACAGUUUCUCUUCCUUUAUUGCCCUUUGGAGAUUUUGUGCAUACUCACUCUUUUCUAACAGUUUUUUAUCCUCAAGCACCCAUAUUAGUACUCUUCAUCCGUUUAAGGUAAAAUAAAAAUAAAAAAAAUCCUGUCAUAAAUAUGAGCAGCUUUCCACUCACUUAUGCUCUCUGGUGCUUGCAGACACACUGUCUUGGGUUGUGGUUGCCACUGGGUUGGUACUGAGUUCUUUUAAGUGUCAUUGUUGCUGUUAUGUUAUUUGUCACUGGGUUUCUCAGUUCUCUCUCUUUUUUUUCACUUUCUGUAGGUGUUGAAGCAGACUUCUUGGGUGUAUUAUCUAGAUCCUAUUCCUAUCUUCCUCAACUCUCUCAGAGAAAACUGUAAUGCUCCAUUUGUAAAAGUAAAUUUGUUAGGUUGCUUCCUAUUGCUAUUCAGCUACACGCGGUUAAACAAAAUUAACUAAAUAAACAGAUACAAGCAACCUUUGAACAGCAUUUAUUUGCAGUCAUUUUACAAACUGAAAACAUCUUUAAAAAAAACUAUCUUCAGAAUUAAAAAUUAAUAGACUGAAGGCAUGUAAAAGAUUCUCGGUUGCUUGACUGAAUUGUCCCUUUUUUCGUAGAAUGCAUCGUAAUCGCUGUUUGUGUUUAGGGUCCAUCCGAGACUCAUCGCUCUGUAUGGGGAGGAGGUACAUGAGGCAGAGUCAACCGUCACCUGCAGCUGCAUCUGAGAGCGACAGGAAGAGCUACUCCGUAUCUUGGCCCAACAUAUGUCACCAUGGUAACCAGUCCCACAGAUGCUCCCUAGAUAUUGGAUUUUACUGCCAAUGUUGCUGUAAUGUAAAGUGAAAAAAAAUCGCUUGUCAGCUAAUUGUCUGACUAAGAGACUUACAGAAAUAGACCCAUAUUAUCACACAUCCUCCACCGUACCUAACAGAGGGGAUUUACAGCAGUUAAUAUGUGACUUAUUAUCAAAGUGACUAAUAACCAUUCUUUUACAUUCAAAUGAAUGUUUACAGGUCUCAUUUGUUUUAUCAACUCCAUUCUGUGUUAGUGUUGCUUUCUACACGACACAGACAGUGUUUGCAUUGAAAUGACUCACAUUUUUACCUCAUUUUUACUGAUCCAAAAGUUUUAUAAGUGAAUAUUUCUCAAGAUUUUUGUUUUGUUUUGUUUUUGUUUCCACAUUAUUUUGUGGUUAUAAUAGAAAAGAACAACAACAAAUGUUUAAAUAAAAAAAUCUUUUAUUUUAAUAGGGGCGUAAUGAUAAAAGCAGUGAGACGCUCCAGUGCAGAACAAACUUUCAUAAAAAAA